AUGCCAACAGAGAAGAUGAAAGAAUACCGUCGCCAGGUAUUAGAAAGAGACUUUGAGACCGCACGUAAGGAAUUUAUGAAACAAAUAAACGAAAUUCUCUCCUUUCUGGCAGACGAUGCAACGGAAUUAUCUCAUUUGCAGAGGGAACGAGGAAAAUUAAGAGUGCGAAUGGAUGAUUUCACAAGCGCUUACGAAGAGUUAUAUAAUACCUUCGAAGUCGAAGAAGAGACAUUAGCCCGGAACAAUCACUAUGAUGCUUUGAGGCACAAAAAUCAUGAGGCCCUGCUGCUGUUAAACGAAAGGAUUUCCGCACUUCAAGCUCAAAGGGAUGAUCGAAACUCAAUUUAUACAUCAAGAAGCAAACAAUCGCGUUCUUCCAGACUCUCGAGGUCAUCUGUGGAAUCCAGCUCGUCACUUCAAAGGAGGGCUGAGAUGGCCACCAAGGAAGCUCGACUUCAAGCUGAGCUAAAAUUUCACGACGUGGAGAGCAAGGAAACUGCAACUCUGAAAAGGCAUGAAGACGAAGUCAAGAAAUUACAAAUGGUAAAGGAGUUAGCUGCCACUAAAGCAGAACUAGAUGCUAUAAGCAAGAUAGCAGAAGACUAUGAAGACGUCGGUCAUGCAAAUGAGAAGCUUUUACCGAACGAUGAUUGUCGUGGAGAGCAGUUAGAAAAUUAUCUUCCGUCUCAGCUGAUCUGUGUUCUUCAAAAUGCAGCGUCCAGUUCCACAUUACCAGCAACUAACACAACUUCUGCUAGUUAUGUAGAUGUCAAGGCUAAUACGAACGUCACCUUCUCUAGUGGAUCUGUCCUUCCAAAGUCGCAGGUUUCGACGUCCGGGGAGGUGUUUUCCGGAGACCCUCUAGAUUACCCUACCUGGAAAAAAUCGUCUGAAACCUUCAUCAAAAUGAAGACUAAAGAUCCAUCUGAGCUACUAUAUUAUCUGGGCAAAUAUAGGUCGGGAGAAUCUAAAGAAGCUAUAAGUGGUCUCCUUUCCCUAAACAGCGCCGACGCCUAGAAGAAAGCCAGAAAUAUCCUAGAAGAUCAUUAAAGGCAACACCUUUAUUGUAGCAAAUGCGUACCGAAAGAGAAUCAAUAACUAGCCCAAGGUCCUACCAAACGAUGGCCAUAAUUUAAGGAAAUUCUCAGACUUCCUUCAGCAUUGUCUCACAGCAAUGAACACUGUCGAGUACUGUCGAGUAUCUUAAUAUCCUCAACGAUCCAGAAGAAAACCAACAAACGAUCAGAAAACUGCCAAGCUAUUUGGUGACAAGAUGGAGUAGGAUUGUCCACGAAUGGGUAACCGCAGAUGAAUUAGAAGAUGACGAAGUUCCACUAUCGAAGGAAGGAGUGAUGAAGACUGGUUAUACCCCUUCACAGAAUUCUGCAAAUUCGUUAAAAGAAAAGCAAGAAUAUCGUGCAACCCCGUAACUUCCUUACAAGCGUUUAAGGCAGGUGAAACUAACAAGAGUAACCCUAGAAGAACUAAUUUUAAUCCACAUGAGAAAGGAAACUUUGAUGCUAGAACCCUGGCAACCGGCUCGUCGGAGGAAAAGGAAAAUGCUGUUGAGAAAACCAGCUCAAGCAACACGUAACGCGUCAUCUGUCCCUUUUGUAAGGAGAAUCACGAACUAGAUCUUUGCGUUUAGUUUCCAAAAAUACUCCUUUCCGAAAGAAGAAAGUUUGCUCAAGCCAGUGCACUUUGCUGGGGAUGCCUCAAGUAGGACCCUUUGUCUAAAGAAUGCAGAGGAAGGAAGAUGUGCAAUAUUUGUAACCGCCGACAUCCCACCUCACUACACGACGAUGCAGCUGCUCAACGGGACAAGAAAAAGAAGCCUGAAGAUCAGGAAAAAAAAGUGAAGAUAAUUGCAGGAACUCGACUUCUCUUUGCAUCGAGGUACCUGGUAGGAAAAGCCACACCAAAGCCACAUUACACUCUCUAAUAGUACCAGUAUGGCUGCACCAUGAGGACGACCCGAACACAACGAUCAUGGUUUACGCUCUGUUAGAUGAUCAGACUGAUGCGUGA